UCUGACUCUCCUUCAUGCACUCAUCUGCUGAUGGAAAAGACUGCGGGACCAUGAUGGGCAGGUUGCAGCAUCUCCGCAAAUCCUCAUAAUAUUACCUUCCUUCAAGAGGGGGUAAAAAAGUGAACAACAACGUAUCAUUAAGCGUCAAUAGGUGCACAAGAUAUGAAACCAUGGUUCCUGUAAGGACUUGGAUUUUUGUUGCAUUCUUCUACCUCGCUGAUCCUACAGGUUUUAUUGAAGCCGAGAUAUACACGGAGACGGCGUGGAAUGAACGGCGGAGCGGCAGAUCCCUCUUACAGGAGGCUACCAAACCCCAGCGAUUAAUCCACAGUGUUCAUUCAGCAAACGAAAUCAAACACGAUCAACUGAAUACGAGAGUCCGAAACAACAGCACUGCUGCUCAUCUUAUUCAUCUGGCACAUGCGAGUUUCCAGAUAGAUGUAUUCGGUUCAUCCUUCAUUUUGGAUCUAGACUUGAACCAUGAUUUGCUGUCAGCUCAUUACAUUGAAAGACAUUUCAAUGAGGAAGGAAACACCACACAGACAUCGGGUGGUGAACAUUGUUACUACCAUGGGGAAAUCAGAGGACUUUCCAACUCAUUUGUGGCCAUGUCAACGUGCCACGGACUGAAUGGUGUAUUUUAUGAUGGGAACUACACUUACAUUAUUGAACUAACGGGCAGCAAGACUGAUCAGCAUGAGCAGCAAUCUCAUAUUGUGUACAGAUCUCCUGGUUUUGAUAUCCCUGUGGGAUGUGCUUCAUUUGGGUGCUCUACUGAUGAGAAUGCAUGGCAGGAAAUUCCUGACAAGGUCAUAAGGAGACGGACCAAAAGGCAGGUUCGGCGAGGCCAGCGCACUGUUCUGAGAGAAACCAAGUACAUUGAGCUGAUGGUUGUCAAUGAUUACACAUUGUUUUCUAGGCGACACCACUCUGUCACCCUGACAAGCAAUUUUGCCAAAUCGGUUGUGAAUCUCGCUGAUUUUAUAUUUAAAGAACAACUGAAUACACGAAUUGUUCUGGUUGCCAUGGAAACGUGGGCAUCUGGUGACAAAAUGGAGAUCAAUGAAAAUCCACUGGUUACUCUGAGAGAUUUCAUGAAAUACAGAAGAAAUUCUGUCAGCGAUCACAGUGAUGCGUUCCAUAUGUUUUCAGGCCGCUUAUUUCAGUCCAGUCACAGUGCAACAGCUUAUAUUGGAGGAAUCUGCUCUCUAUCUAAAGGAGGAGGUAUUAAUGAGUAUGGAAGUGUUCAUUCAAUGGCUGUUACACUGACACAAAGCUUGGGCCAGAACCUUGGAAUGAUGUGGAAUACACAACGUACAGGACCCAAUAAUUGCAGGUGCCCUGAUGUCUGGCCUGGUUGUCUAAUGGAGGAUACAGGGUACCAUCUCCCACAAAAAUUUUCAAAAUGCAGCAUCACUGAAUAUAAUCAGUUUCUACAGGCCGGAGGUGGCAUCUGUCUUUUCAAUAAACCUCUUAAGCUGGUUGAGCCUCAAGAAUGUGGGAAUGGAUAUGUGGAAAAUGGUGAAGAGUGUGAUUGUGGAUCCGUAGCUGAAUGCAGUAAAGCUGGAGGCAACUGCUGCAAGAAGUGUACCCUUACACACAAUGCAAUGUGUAGCAAUGGACUCUGCUGCCGAGGUUGUCAGUAUGAACCACGUGGUGCGAUUUGCAGGCAGGCCGUGAACGACUGUGAUAUUGCCGAGACCUGCACAGGGGACUCCAGUCAGUGCCCUUGGAAUGUUCAUAAACUGGAUGGCUACUAUUGUGACAAUGAACAGGGCCGUUGUUAUGGCGGCAGAUGCCAGACCAGGGAUAGGCAGUGCGAUUUCAUCUGGGGUCGUGGUUCUGCAGAUCGAUUCUGUUAUGAAAAGCUGAAUGUUGAGGGAACUGAAAAGGGAAACUGUGGUAAAGAUGGCCAGAAUUGGCUUCAGUGCAGCAAGCAGGAUGUUCUUUGCGGUUAUCUUUUCUGUUCCAAUAUCACUCAACCUCCAAGACGUGGAGUUCUCAAAGGGGACGUCACCAGUAUGAUUUUAUACCAUCAAAACAAGUACAUGGAUUGCAGGGGUGGCCAUGUUGAACUGGAUGAUGGAACCAUUCUUGGUUAUGUAGAAGACGGUACCUCCUGUGGACCCAACAUGAUGUGUCUUGACCACAAAUGCCUACCAAUACAAGCCUUCAACCUGAGCUCUUGCCCACAGAGUGCAAAUGGAGAUAUCUGUUUCAACCAUGGGGUGUGCAGUAAUGAGGCAAAAUGUAUAUGUGUCCGUGACUGGACGGGGAAAGACUGCAGUGUUUUCGACCCAUAUCCAGAACCAACUCCAGCAGAAGAUACAGGAGGGCAGUACAAGGGUCCUAGUGGUACCAAUAUCAUUAUAGGGUCCAUCGCAGGCGCCAUCCUGGUGGCUGCCAUUGUCCUAGGGGGUACUGGAUGGGGAUUUAAGAACAUUCGAAGAGGAAGGUAUGAUAUUGCACAACAAGGAGCAAUUUAA